CAGUAUUUAUUACUUAUUUAGGUAAUUAACCUAUCCCUGUAUUCGUGCUGUGUCCGUUCGGUUGAGUCUGAACUAACGUCUUAUUUAAUGUCUUCCGUGACAAGAAAAUGAAACAAUACAUGUCUUACUUCAGUUAGAAUGCGGACAUACAUUAUAGUUCAUAUUUGUGAAUAUUGAAAAAAAAAUGAAGUGGACUGUACAGAUUUCAUUCUUUCUUUACGUGGCCCUUCAACUGGCACAUUGCCUCACACAGCCGGAGCUGAAUUAUAUUGGCGACAACUUAGACGUGAGGGUGAAAUUAACUGACAACCUUAAGUACGAUGGCAAGAAACACACUAUGAUCAUAACGUUAACAAACAGAGGAGACCGGUCCAUGAACAUGCGCAAUGUUGAAAUGUUCUUUCAUAGUUUCUUUAUGGUGGAACCGGACUUUCUGCCCGACCCUCGGGGUUAUAGGUUAGAUCCCUAUAAUAUAAGGCUGCAUCAUGUGAACGGGAUGUUAUUCCGCGCAGAGUUUCUGCUCAGGUUUGGUUUGUUGCUGCCCAACGAGCCUAGGGAAAUUAAACUUACCAUUCAAGACUGGGCUGUUUCAAAGACUGAUGUGCCAAAUAACUGGUACAUUACCUCAAAUGGUUUGAAUCCCAAAACUCUAGUAGCUACCUCAGUUGAAGACCAGUCUUUUGUAGAAGAAUUCACGGACCCAAAUCAGUAUAAGCGAUACCGCAACGACCAGUAUAGCCCGUUUUCACCUUUAGAACGUUUUGACAACAUUAAGGGUAAUGAUUUAGGGAACCGAGCCGUGGGUUAUGCUGUACUUCCGACACCAAGAGAGGUCGCCUAUGAUACAGCAAGACCUGUUAGGAUGGACAAUACAUGGACCGUGUCUGCUUCACCGAGUCUUGCAAAUGAAGCUACCUUCCUUGGAGAAAAACUUGGCAUACCGGCUAUUGAAAGACCAACUGCUACAAAGGCUAUCAUUCUGGAGACAGGAAGUACCGGUUACCUUGACGAGGACUCUUACGUCAUCAAAACUUUAGAUUGUGCUGACGUCAUUUCCAUAAAGGGCCGGGGACCGUCAGGUGUUUUCUACGGUAUUCAGACUUUACUAAGUCUUCUUACAAACAAUGGUACUAUCGGCUUUAGACCUCUUCCGGGCAUUCAUAUCAUUGAUGUACCAAGGUUCGAAUAUCGAGGUGUCCACCUUGACGUUGCCCGGAACUUCCAACCUAAGGAAACAGUGAUGGACUUAGUAGACACAAUGGCGCAGUACAAGCUUAACAAGCUCCACCUCCAUCUCUCUGACGACGAAGCAUGGCGACUAGAGGUUCCUCAGCUUCCGGAGUUAACAUCCGUUGCUGGUCGUAGAUGCCACGAUCUGGAAGAGAAGAUCUGCCUCAUCCCUCAACUGGGAUCUGGACCUCUACCCCGAGCACCAGGUUCGGGAUAUUACAGGAGGGAAGAUUAUAGAGACAUUUUACGACAUGCCGCAAAAAGACACGUGGAAGUUAUCCCAGAAUUCCAAAUGCCAUCCCACGCGCAUGCGGCAGUUAAAGCUAUGGAGGAACGCUUUAGAAGGAAAAAUGAUAUCGAUCACUUACUGACAGAUUUAGAAGACAAUUCUAAUUACCUCUCGGUACAGAUGUUCUCGGAUGACGCCAUGAAUCCAUGCAUCGAAUCCACGUACAACUUCAUGAAAACUGUGAUUCAAAGCAUCAAAAAUAUGCAUAUUGGCAUAACACCACUUCAGAUCUUCAAUUUAGGAGGCGAAGCUGUACCGGAAGGAGCAUGGGUAAAUUCUACGGCAUGUCGUAAAGCUUUCCCUAACGUGGCUCCGGAAGAUUUGCCAGUAUAUGCUAAAGCCUAUUUUAUGAGUCGUCUGGCAAAACUGGUAAUUGUGGAGGAGGGACUGAGGUUGGCAGGAUAUGAAGACGCGUUUUUCCUGAAUGGGGAGCCUCUUCCAGGAGGAUCAGAGAAUCUUCUGGUGUAUCCAUACCAAAAUGUUUGGGAGUGGGGACUGGCGAACAGAGCUUAUAAACUUGCCAACGCCGGAUAUCCUGUUGUACUGUCACCAGUCACCCACCUUUCAUUUGACCACCCGUACGAGCCAGAUCCAAAUGAAAGGGGUCUUUAUUGGGCAUCGAGGUAUCUGGAUACCUACAAGGUAUUUACGCUUCGACCCGACAAUCUGUAUAAUAAUAUUGACGUCAAACGAUCUGGAGAAGUCCUCACACGUCAGGACGUUUGCGGCGUCAAUGACGUCAAAUGUGAUCCCCUUCUUAAACCGGACAAUAUUAAAGGUAUUCAGUCGUUCGGAUGGACAGAACUUAUAAAAGACAAAGAUACACUACAGUUUAUGAUGUUUCCACGUAUUAUAGCCCUGGCAGAAAGGGCGUGGCAUAGAGAUGCAUUUGAGAACACGACUGCGCAGCCGCGACGGGAAUAUGAAAUGUUUUCUAACAAAAUUGGGUAUCGAGAACUGCCGAGACUCGACAGAGCAGGGGUGAAAUACCGAAUACCUCCACCUGGUGUUGCUAUCGGGACAAAUAACAACCGGGACUUCCAAGUAACGAUGAAAUCCGAGUUUCCAAAUCUACCUCUUCAGUACAGCUUUGAUGGCGGUGUCACGUGGAUGGACUAUACUAGUCCAUUCUUACUGAAAGAUGUGAAUCAAGUCGUUCAUUUGAGAUCUUUAUCUACCGAUGGACUUCGCUCAAGCAGAAUCACGAAGUUUGCAAUUAAUGAAAUCAUCGGAAAGAAGAAAUAAGAAAAAGCAGUAUUUUGAUAUAAAUUCCGUGUUUUUUUUUAGUUUUAUGUUUAGUUUUAUGUAAUGAUUCUAAUUUACAGACAAAUCUUUUAGAAACCAGUUUACAAGUGUAGUAUAAAUUUUUUGUAACAUGUUUUUCGUCUGAAUUUCGGGGAAUUUUACAGAGCAUAAACCCCAAAAAUAAUUGUUUUACUAAUAUGAAUCUACAAUUUAUUAAAUGCGGAAGAAUAUGUAACAAACAGACACCCUCUAUGUAUUACGUCAAACAGAAUACAGAAUCUAGUUAUGAUGUGCUUAGUGACGUCAUACUGAAUUAUUAAGGAGGUGGACCCGUAGUGACACUCGCCAGUUCCCGUGUGAAUACGUCUUCUCGUCAAGCAAUUCGGCGUUCUUCGGAUGUGAGUAUAGCGCAUGCGCAGAUGGAUUUCCAUAGGAACCGGAGAAUGCCGAUGUAGCAUAUGGAGAAUAUGUAAUAUUCCGAUUGUCAGUACGGUCCACUUCCUGAAAGAGAAAGAAUUCCCUAACAAAUACAUACGUAAGCAAUCAUUGAUAGAAAUUUCUGUAAAUGUCUGGUUUUUAAAAGAAUUUAACUAAUAAAUCAGUUUGUAGCUCUAAGCAAUUUCAAAGGGAUUCAAUACUUAAUGAUAAUAAUAUUUUCUCAUUAGGAUUAUCUGCGUAGCAAAACCUUUUAUGAGUUUUCCUGAUUCUAGGGAAGAAAAAAAAUUAAAUGUGAAAUCACGUGAUCAAAGAAGUCGAGAGAAAAUGAGCAUUAGAUCCCAUCUUAAAAUAUUAAUGUGGAAAAUAUACAUGUCUGAUGUUAGAAAAUAAUUUUAUUACUUUACAUAUUUCAGACAAAUGGCAAAUUAAAUAUAAUGUCAUCUUAAAAUUCAUCCCGUUAACAUGGCAGACAUUCCUUCAAGUUUUACAAUCUGUAUUAUUUGUGACAUGAUAUAAACUCAACCAGGAUAUAGAGGAUACUACACGAGUGUCUAUUGAAUUUAUUAAACGAGUUGAAUAAAAUGCUAAAAUGUGAGGCUCUGUCGAUUAUCAAUUUAAAAAUAUCAAUUUUAUUCAACGAGUUCAAUAAAUCAAUGUGAAAAGUCACAAAUGUAAUAUUCUUUUUAUCAUAUGUUAGCUUUUCCUGUCAUCAACAUCAAAUAUUCUACUUUCUUUAACUGUUAUUAACAAGUCAGUCUGACCAACAUUUCCAAUACUUUAAACGACGUCGACGUCAAAGCUUUAUUACACUAGUGUAUUGUCAAUUUAAAGUAAUGGCUUCGACGUCAAACAUGUGAUAAAAUAUGUUUUAUUCAAUAAUUUGUCUGACACUUUCUACCUCGUCAUUACCAUACUGCAGUAAUUUGUACAUUUUGAAUUAUAACUCGAACCAAUCAAAGGAGAUAUUUGAGUAUUAAUGUAAAAUAUAUGAGUGUGUUUGCUUUGGCAAAAAUAUUCAUAGCAAUGUUCAUAAGUAGCCUUGAGUGUGGCACUGAUACCAUUCAGACACAUGCAUUAUGUUGAUUAUAACCUUGCUGUUCAUAGAAAAAUGUGUAUGCAUGCGCGUGCAAAGAUCAUAAAAAAGUUUGAUCUUGUUAAACUGCACGCUGUAUAAUUUUUCUGAGAUGAAAGACACAGUAAACGGGCCAUACUAAUCUAUGAUCAUGAUAUGUAUUUAGUUACUGUACCAAGUCAGAUGGUGUAUGAUAUUUGAUGAAAGAUUCUCAAAAACGGUACUUGCACCAUGUUCCUGCUGCAAUGGUUUACUGAAAACAUUAAUAUGAACUAUGAAAGAAAGCGAGAACAAUAUGUCAAAUAUGUAUGUAUAUGAAGCAGAUAAUUUUCAUAUACUGAACAUUUAUGUUUAACUUGUGUAACAUUAAGGUUCAUGUAAAUUUAGUUUCUACAAAUAAAGUUUUAC